CAACGCCAAAAAUGGUGAAUAUUGGAUUUGGAUAAUCCGAUGCUCACCAACUCCAACAAUAAUGCAUUGUUUCUCACUCCAAUUUGAAUAAAAGCAAUAAUAGUGCCCCAAUUCUAAACGAAUGGCUUCCACUGUACUACUCUCUCUCCUCCUCAGCCUAACACUCCUCCACCCACUGUCACUCUACGCCGCCGCCAACCUCCACCGCACAACAACCCUAUUCAGAUCACUGCCCGAUUUCGAGUCCACCUCAUCAUCCGCAGCCGACGCUCCUCCUCCCACUCCCACCGUCUACUUCGAAGUCACCAAACCCAUCGCGCUCCCCCCCUCCAAACCCUGCUCGUAUUUGCUCCUCCAGCAUGAUUUCGCCGCCACCUACGGCCAGCCGCCGGUCCUCGCGGACUUCAAGCCGCCGUCGGACUGCCCGUCUCAAAAUUUCGAGAAAAUCGUCCUUGAGUGGACGGCGACGUGCAAGGGCAGGCAGUUCGACCGAAUCUUCGGCGUGUGGAUCGGCGGCGUCGAAGUCCUCCGCAGCUGCACUGCCGAGCCCACGGCCACCGGCAUUGUUUGGACGGUGAAGAAGGACAUCACCAGGUACUCUUCUCUGCUCACCACCAAUCAAACCCUCGCUGUUUUUCUGGGAAAUAUCGUUGAUUCCACUUACACCGGCGUUUACCAUGUUAAUAUCUCACUCCACUUUUACCCUGCUGAAACGGGCGCCGCCUCCGGGUCCGGGGCGGAUUUGAUCCUGCCCAUUUCGAGGAAUCUGCCAUUGAAUGACGGAUUGUGGUUCGAAAUCCAGAAUUCAAUACAUGUGGAGUCGAAGGAAUUCACGAUUCCUGUAAAUACUUACAGAGCCGUGUUGGAGGUUUAUGUCUCAUUUCAUGAAAACGAUGAAUUCUGGUAUGGGAAUCCCCCAAAUGACUACAUCUCCGCCAAUAACCUAACUGGCCUGCCCGGGAACGGGCCGUUCAGGGAGGUUGUUGUGAGCUUAGACGGCGCCGUUGUGGGCGCUGUCUGGCCGUUCACUGUGAUCUACACCGGCGGAGUGAACCCCCUUCUGUGGCGGCCGAUCACCGGCAUCGGCUCCUUCGACCUCCCCACUUACGACAUUGAGAUCACCCCUUUCUUGGGGAGAUUAUUGGAUGGAGAGGCUCACAAUCUUGCAUUUAGCGUGACCAACGCCUUGAAUGUUUGGUACAUUGAUGCGAAUUUGCAUCUAUGGUUGGACGGGAAGAGUGCGAGGACGCAGGGGAAGUUGUUGGAGCACAGAGCCUCGCACCUCUCCCUCUCCGCAUUCUCCAACUUCACAGGCUUAGACGGCGUGUUCGUCACCAACGCCACCCGUUCCAUAAUCUCGAGCGGAAUGGUGAUGUCGUCUCACGGGGUGGUGACGACCACAUCGCUGCAGGAGCUCGGUUACAGGAGCUGGAUGGGUAUGGGGAAUGAUGGGAACAAGCAGGUUCUUGAUCAGGUCAUCACCUUCAACACAAGUGUUGAUGUUGAUCGCCCCUCCCUCCACUCUGCCAAUGCGGAAAGGAGGUUUAGCAUUCACUACGGCUCUGACAACAUGGACAAUGACGAUGGGAGCUACGACUCUGUGGCGAACCUCACCCUGGGGUUCGAGGAGAGUGUGCAGAGGAGCGGCGCUUCUGGUGUGUCGAGGAGCAGGGUGAAGAACGUGCAGAACGCCGAGGGCUCCAUGCUUGUGAGGGGAAACUUGGUGGUGAGUGGAUUGGGAAGCACUCAACAGGAAUAUGGUUACACCAGUGAUAAAUGGUGCUAUUUUAGGAAAGUGAGCAGCUCUAACUACACCAUUCUUCAUGAUCAAGUCAGCCGUACCUGCAGAUAUGAUCGAUGCUGGCCUUAUUUUGCGAGGAACUUUCUUGGUUCCACAUGUAAUGGUGUGAAGAAAGGGCUUCUUUGAGUUUUGCUUUUUAUGAUUAUCUAAUUGUCCAAUUAAGAUGAAAAUUAUUAGUGUUUUCUUUUGUCUAAAAGUGUCAACAUAUUUGCCUUGCUCCUGCUUAUUGAAUAAACUGAUUUCAGCCUUCUUGAAUUA